AAUCACGCAUGCACAACACCUAAAUACGUGUUUCAUGAAAGAUUGUCACUGUUGCUGCUCACUGUAGUCAGCUGGGACCCUACCGUGCAUUCUAUCAAUACAACCUUCCCAAAUUCUACAAACUAGCAGCUUGAUGAACAGAUUAUCAAGUCUCUUAAACUUGACACUGAGGAGAGGAGACAGAGAAACGAAGGGAGACUGUAUAGAUUGCAAGGGAUUCACUCCCACUCUUUCAGUUUGAUGCAGGCUAACUUCACGCAUGCUGUUCAAUAUGUGUUCUGCUUUGUUUAUCUGUCUGCUCAUCCGAUUGUCUAAAAACAUUGGCGGGCUCCUGAGAAUCCACUCAGCUUUUCAGACUCAGAUUUAUGGGUUACUGUGAGUGAGAGCAUAAAAGUUGUGUGCCGUGUGAGGCCACUUAAUGAGCAAGAGAAAGCAAACGACAGCAAGUUUGUGGUGUCAUUCCCCGGUGAUGGAGACACAACUGUAUUUCUUGGGGGUAAAAUCUUUAGCUUUGAUCAUGUAGUUCAGCCGAAGGCAUCUCAGUUAGAGGUGUACAAAGUUGUGGCCAAGCCUAUUGUUGCAGAUGUGUUGAAUGGAUAUAAUGGAACAAUAUUCGCCUAUGGUCAAACAUCGAGUGGAAAGACUUAUACUAUGGAGGGUAUUUUAGGUGACCCAGUUUUUCAAGGUGUUAUCCCGCGGAUAGUUGAUGAUAUAUUCAACCAUAUAUACCAAAUGGACGAGAACUUGGAGUUCCACAUUAAGGUUUCUUACUUUGAAAUAUACAUGGAAAAAAUCCGUGAUCUGCUUGAUGUUUCAAAAACAAACCUACCGGUGCAUGAGGACAAAGACCGAGUUCCUUACGUGAAAGGUAUCACGGAAAAGUUUGUUUCCACUCCAGAAGAGCUUUAUAAAGUGAUUGACGAGGGGAAGGCUAACCGUCAUGUAGCCGUGACGAACAUGAAUGAGCACAGUUCUCGAAGUCACUCAGUUCUCCUGAUCAAUGUUCGACAAGAGAACUUGGAAACUCAAAAGACACUACAUGGGAAACUUUAUCUUGUUGACUUGGCUGGUAGUGAGAAAGUUGCGAAGACAGGCGCUGAGGGUACUGUGUUGGACGAAGCCAAAAAUAUUAACAAAUCACUUUCUGCUCUUGGUAAUGUGAUCAAUGCACUUGUGGAAGGAAGCUCUCACGUCCCUUAUCGUGACUCUAAACUAACUCGCAUUCUUCAAGAAUCUCUUGGAGGGAAUGCACGAACAACUAUGGUGAUCUGUUGUUCUCCUGCUGGUUAUAAUGAAGCCGAAACGAAGUCCACCCUAAUGUUCGGUAUGCGAGCCAAGACCAUCAAGAAUCUGGUAACGGUGAACGAAGAAAUUACGGCUGAUGAAUGGCGUAGGAGGUAUGAGCAAGAAAAAGAGAAGGUUGGUAAAUCACACACUAUUGUAAGUCAUCUGGAGAGUGAAUUAAAACGUUGGCGAGCAGGUGAAACUGUUAGUGAAGCUGAUUGGUUCAUUGAAAGUCAAUAUUCUGGCGCUAUAGAUAAUACAAGAGAUUUGAUAACUAUACCCAGUGUCUCCAGUUCACUAAUGCUAGAUGGCGUCUCUACUUCUACACCACGAUCUGCUGGUCUCGCAAAUGCAUCUCCAGCGAAAAAUGUUGGAGAUGUACAAUUACAGUUGCUUUAUCAACAACUUGACGACAGAGGUGAUGAAAUAAAUCAACAAGCUGAGACAAUAGCUGGAAGUGAGAAAGUUGCGAAGACAACUGAAAUCCCUGAAAAACCAUCCGUUGGUUCUGAACGAUUAGAUGAAGAGUUUACUGUUGUUCGUUUGUAUAUAAGUAAGUUGAAAACUGAGACGAAAUUACUGCACUCACGUGUACGUCAAUUGGAAGAGGAACGUGUACAACAUGUACAGUUAGUGCGUAAGAGCGAUGAUGAAUCUAAAGAUCUUCGAAGACAACUUCAUGCUUUUGAAGUGAAAGUUGGCACCUUAAGCGACAAAAUUGAUGAGUCAGAAUCACGUAAGCGUCAAUUGCAGGAGACAGUGGAUAGCUUAAAUGCGGAGUUGGCAAAACUACGCGCUAAUGAACUAUUGAUCGCCGGAUCCGAUCAGGAAAGUGAACAAAUAGUAGCUGAUCAGUCAGCGUUACGAGCAAAGUUAGAUGAAGAGUUUAAACGACAAUCAGAGUGUUAUGCUGCUCGGGUGAAAUCUCUACGUGAUGAAUUAGAUGAGAAAGAGAAGAAGUUGAAAGAAUACAAAGAUAAAGCUAAUAAUUUCAAAUUCCAAUCCGAGAAAUCACAAGAGGAGGUGGAACAGUUACGUGAAAGAUUGGCGACAAAAACUAAACUACUAGGCACGUUCGAGAAGACGGCUGAGAAACGUGAACAAGCUAGAAAAGAUCUACGUGGUUCGGAAGAGACAGUCAACAAAGAAUUACAAACUCUACACAAUUUACGCCGAUUAUUCAUCGAAGAACUUAAUAGUCGAGUUAAAAAGGUUUGUGAUGUGUAAGAAGUUAUAAUGUCUUUUUGUCUUUUUUGAGUGAUAUUGUGAAUGUGUUUUAUCAGUUGCAAAUGGGGCAUGUUUUGUCUCUCUGCUGCAUCACACCUGAGUGGUGUCUAUGGAUGUACUCAGUUGGGAUGGAUGUUUUGUAGGGUUGAAGAAGACGAGGACGACGACAAUAAAUUUUCAGCUACCGUUGAAGUAUAAUUAGCUUAUGCAACUCAACUGGUAGACCCUAAUUUGUUCAUGAGGAAGGCAGCUUCUUUUGUGAUGCAGGUCAUCUACUGCGGUAGGUUAAUGAUACCUCUCUGGUUGUCUGAAUGUUAGUGGGUUAUUCCUUAGAAUUUAGACGUUGAAAGCACACUUGUAGGUGUGCUGUUUCAGUCACUGUUGAUUUUGGAGGUGGUGAGCGAGAAGCAUUUGACGUAGGCUUGGUGCUUGUCGCCAUUUAUCAGCAAGGCGUAUCCGCAGUCUGGAGGAAACUCAUAUUCCCUCUGAUAUUGUAAUCUGACGCCGCAGUGGCUAUUCGUGCUGGCGAUUGACCUCAUUUAGGACUGUGAUAGAUGGUUUGGUUGAACCGUAGAUGCUAACUAAUUGCGUAUUAGAUAAGUUUAUUGCAAAUAUCACACAGUGAUUGCAGUAUUAAUAACUGGAUGACGUUUUGAGCGCAAAUCAUUACUCACAGCCAUAUCAGUUAAGUAACACAUCGUGACUGUGAGUAGCAAUAAUAUGUGCUCGGAACGCCAUUCAGUUAUUAAUCAAUGCUGCAUCAUCACGGUGUGAUAUUUGAAAUAGACCUAUUUAUUGUUGAAUUACAUUCUACUACGGUGUUCAAGUUCUGCACUUACACCAGUAACUAGUGUCACGCGUCCAGUCCUUGGUUUGUUGCAGACUUUAGUUGCAGCCUUAUGUCCAAUCAAAGUACUGUUGGCUUCGUUUUCAUUAAGAAAUGUAAUCUGUCCUCAAAAGACCUACCAGAAUGUAUCUACUGUGAGGACUAUGUAUAAUGUUCAGUGGACGUAGGCGAAUAGUCGUCCAACAACUGUGGGAGGAUUUGUGUCUCAUGUCAUGGUGUAGCUAAUUAUUGGUUUAAGCGGGUUCUACUUUGAUCUGUGG